UGCCGCCGCCGGUCCUCCCGGGAUGACGCAGUCUGUGGUCGUACAGGUCGGGCAGUGCGGAAACCAGGUGGGCUGCUGCUUCUGGGAUCUGGCGCUGAGGGAGCACGCCGCGGUCAACCAGAAAGGAAUUUAUGACGACGCAAUAAGCAGCUUCUUCAGGAAUGUGGAUACCAGAGUGGCCGGUGAUGGUGUCAGUAUUUCCAAAGGAAGAAUAUCUUCUUUGAAAGCCCGAGCUGUUUUGAUUGACAUGGAAGAAGGAGUAGUGAAUGGAAUUCUCCAGGGGCCACUGAGAGAUGUGUUUGAUAACAAGCAGCUCAUCACUGAUAUCUCUGGCUCAGGAAAUAAUUGGGCCGUGGGUCACAAAGUUUUCGGAAGUCUUUACCGGGAACAGAUUUUAGAGAAACUCCGGAAGUCAGCCGAGCACUGUGAUUGCCUGCAGAGUUUCUUUAUCAUACACUCCAUGGGAGGAGGAACAGGGUCUGGACUUGGCACUUUUCUGUUAAAGAUGCUUGAAGAUGAAUUCCCAGAAGUGUACAGAUUUGUGACAGCGGUAUACCCUUCCAGCGAGGACGAUGUUAUCACCUCCCCUUAUAACAGUGUGCUGGCCAUGAAGGAACUGAGUGAACAUGCAGACUGCGUACUGCCCGUUGACAAUCAAUCUUUAUUUGACAUCAUUAGCAAAAUUGAUCUUGUGGUAAAUUCCGGAAAGUUAGGUACAACUGUGAAGCCUAAGAGUCUAGUUACGUCGAAUAUGGGGGCCGUUACAAAGCGCCACAAGAAGCCUUUUGAUGCAAUGAACAACAUUGUGGCCAAUCUCCUCCUCAGCCUGACCAGCUCUGCGAGGUUUGAGGGGUCCCUGAAUAUGGACUUGAAUGAGAUCAGCAUGAACCUGGUUCCUUUCCCUCAACUUCACUAUCUUGUGUCGAGCCUUACACCACUGUACACUCUGGCAGAUGUCCAUAUUCCCCCCCGAAGAUUGGACCAGAUGUUUUCCGAUGCCUUCAGUAAAGAUCACCAACUCAUUCAAGCAGACCCCAGACACAGUCUCUACCUCGCCUGUGCCCUCAUUGUUAGAGGAGAUGUGCAGAUUUCUGAUCUUCGCAGAAAUAUUGAAAGAUUAAAACCUGCUCUGCAGUUUGUCUCCUGGAAUCAAGAAGGCUGGAAGACGAGCCUGUGUUCAGUGCCGCCUGUGGGUCACCCCCAUUCACUGUUAGCGUUAGCAAACAACACGUGUGUGAAGCCCACCUUCGUGGAGCUGAGAGAGAGGUUCCUGAGGCUCUACAAGAAAAAGGCUCACCUCCAUCACUAUCUGCAAGUUGACGGGAUGGAGGAGGGCGCUUUUGCAGAAGCUGUGUCCUCUCUGUCAGUACUCAUACAGGAGUAUAAUGAACUUGAUGCCACCAAGAGCAUGCCUGUGCAGGACGUGCCAAGGCUAAGCGUGGCCAUGUGAGGGAAGACACUAAAAAUGCUUUGUUAUUUUCUGGAUCACUGGUUUUCCCCUUUGUCUUUCAGCAUCUCCUGUGAUUGAGAAAGCCUAAUUUAUUCUCCAUGCUAUGAAACAGUGGUUUCUAUUUUGUUGGACCUUUUCUGUACCAGUGUGUGCGGUCACUUCUAACGAUUUGUCAAAAUUAUGAGAGGGCCUGGCAUGGGGGUUCAUACAUGUAAUUCCAGUGUGUCUGACUAUUCAGGGCCAGCCCGGGCUAUGCAGUGAGAGUCGAUGUAGAGUGAAGGAGUGGUUUUUCAGCGCUUUGCUUUAUUCGUAGCUUCCUUUUGCAGACCGUUUCACACUGGUGAACGGCUCAGGAAAGACUGUACACACCUUUUUUAUAUUUAUACUGUAUGUUCAUACUCUGUAAAUGCUGAAAAGCAGCUCCUAGGGAUGGACGAACGCAGUGUGUGUGAUGUCUGUGGGCUUUCUGGAAGGUAGUUUUUAUUAAAACUGAUAGACUUGUUCUUUGAGUGAUAACAUGUUUAUACUCAAUACAAUCACAGCGUAGACACCCAGUCACUUUUAAAAUAAAUAGUUUAAACCACGCUACUCAUCAGGGUCCAUCAUGUCAGCGUUUGCACAGUGAACAGAACAUUGCUAAGCUUGGUGUCAUCAUCUGAAUUUUGUAGUAAGUGGUUAUUAUCUACAGACAUUAUUUCAGUCACCAUAAUCUUUUGAAUCUUUAAUGUUGUUUUUAGUCACUAUUUAUAUUUCAGGUUCAUUGGUUGGUUUAUCCUUCCAGUAAAUAAUUUUUGGGGGGGAAAUUCUUUUUGAGAAAAAAAUGAUCUGUUAUGCUUUGUUUAUUAAUAUUUAUCUUUCUUUCGCUAAGUAAUUGUUCUCUUUUUUGGUUUUUAUAUUGAUAGUUUAGGAUUUUUAUAGUAUUUGGUAUAAAAACUGCAAUAUUACAGUUAUUAACAGUAGUCCCAGACAUUCCGUUUUCUCCUUCCUAGAAGAAUCUUAACUGAUAUUCAGAACGUGGCGAUGAAAAUUAUAGAUACAGUUAUAGUAUCUUAUUUCUAAAACCCUUGCUUUCACCCUGAUUAUUGUGUAAUAGGAUCUGAUAGACUGUAUUGCCAAUUACAGAAUAACAUUUUAAAUUAUGUCUUUACAUCUGUAUAAAAUGUUUUCUUAUAAAUUAUAUUUUUUACUAUAUAUAAAAUCUUUAUAUGGUACCAUGUAUGUAUAUAUUAUGUAAUUAUAGGAUGUACUCAAGAAAUGAGUUAUAUUUAGAUUUUUUCGGGCAUUCCUUUUUGUUUUACUAGAAUACUUUUUAGAAACUUGUGAUUUCAGAAAUAAAGCCACCAAAGAAUGAUGA